CUCGCUGAUACUGCGUGGUUCUCACCGGGAAGCUUUGGGGUGCAUUAAGAAGGCAAUUAGAAACAAAGCAAAGUGGAAUUUCUCACCUCUUGUGUACAAUUUUACACACAAUCAACACGUUAAGGUCAGGAACGCGACCCGGCGAGGGGGACGAUGCCAUCUUCAAGUAGAAAUAUGGACUGAGGACAGCAACAAGGAGCAGCUUCUGUCUUCAAGUAAGACCUCCAACUUUCAUGCUUCAUCUCAGACUUUUAUGAACUUUGAGAACAGGCGUGCCUGCAGAACAGAGUUUGGAUUCCUGGGACUGUUGACACACUUUUACGCACGCCCGCGCACCGCUCGAUGUGACCGAGUGCGAAACUUUUGAAGCUGGGCCAUGCUGCGGUGACUAGAACUGCAGAAGGAAACGACCGAUGGUUGGAAACUAAUUCUGACCAACAAAAACAGAACAACAAAGGGCAAUAAAUCAGGGGGGGAGCGCUCUGCAGAGGUGAAGCGAGGACAACACAAGCUGGUGUCUCCAAAUUCAGCGGGCUCCAGUUUCAGCCGCUCCGGGGGCUCCUGCUAUUAAAGCCUUCGUCUGACCUGGGAUAAGUUGUCAACAAGAGCUGCGAGUGGAGGCGAACUGGCAGGUGUACAAGUUCAUUUACAUGCAGACGUAUAUUAACUCCGCUAUAUAUAGAAGUGGCCUGUGGAACUAGCAGCCUUAAGAAGUUUCUCCUCCCACCCAACGGGCCUGCAGCAGUUCCACGCACCAGGCGUGUGCGUGUACCUAUAUAUACACCAUACAGGCUUUAAAUUCCCUCUGCAAUUUGCCCGCUGUCGGUUUGGCUGUGAGGCCGGGAGUCGUCGCAUGGACUGACAUGGCCACCGACCUCGCCAUGAGCGCAGAGCUGCCUAACAGCCCUCUGGCCAUCGAGUACGUCAACGACUUCGACCUGAUGAAGUUCGAGGUGAAAAAGGAGCCGCUGGAGGCCGACCGCUUCUGUCACCGCCUGCCGUCCGGCUCACUGUCCUCCACCCCGAUCAGCACACCCUGCUCCUCCGUGCCUUCCUCGCCCAGCUUCUGCGCCCCGAGUCCGGGCGCGCAGCCCAACCAGGGCCUCCCCGGCGGCGUCAACGUCGGCAGCAACAGCAACAACAGCAGCGGCAACAACAAUCACAGCAACGCGGGCAAGCCUCAGCUGGAGGACCUGUACUGGAUCCCCAGUUACCAGCAUCACAUCAACCCGGAGGCGCUCAACCUGACGCCGGAGGACGCGGUCGAGGCCCUCAUCGGGAACGCGCACCAUCACCACCACCACCACCAGGCCUACGAGGGCUUCCGCGGGCAGCAAUACGUCGGAGAGGACCUAUCCGCGGCCUCGGCUGUGCACCAUCAUCAGGCCCACCACCACCACCAUCACCACCACCACGGCCACCACACCCGCUUGGAGGACCGCUUCUCGGACGAGCAGCUGGUGAGCAUGACGGUGCGGGAGCUGAACCGGCAGCUGCGGGGCUUCAGCAAGGAGGAGGUGAUCCGCCUGAAGCAGAAGCGGCGCACCCUGAAGAACCGCGGCUACGCGCAGUCCUGCCGCUUCAAGCGCGUCCAGCAGCGGCACAUGCUGGAGACGGAGAAGUGCACCCUGCAGAACCAGGUGGAGCAGCUGAAGCAGGACGUGGCGCGCCUCGUCAAGGAGCGGGAUCUGUACAAGGAGAAGUACGAGAAGCUGGCCAGCCGGACCUACAACUCCGGCGGGCCCGUGAACACGAGAGAUCCGUCCGGGAAACAGGCCAGCACCGAGUUCUUCAUUUAUUCCUCAACAACAACAACAACAAAGACUUUAAAUCUCAUCUUCUUAACAAAUAAAGGUUAGGUGCGCACAAGCGUCACGUCUGUGAGUCUUAAAGAUGUUAAACUUCUGUAAGUCCACAACAAACAAGUCAGGUCGGCACAUGGGAUCACUUUCAGGCUGCAGACUCCUCUCCUGUCAGAAGUCUUAUGAACCAAUGACUGUCUUAAUCCAGAGAGAGCGCCGGGUUUGUGUUAGAACCAGGCAGAAGCAGCAGCAGCACAGACUGCAGGAGGAGAAUGCGCUGUGGUGCAGAGACUCUCAGUAAUGCAAGUGUAAUAGUUGCCCCCCCCUCGCCCCCUUCCCUCAUCCUUUUGCAACCCUGCAUGCAGGACAUGUAUGGUAACCUCCAGCCAAAACCCCAUCCACAUAUGUAUGGAAAGCAUGACCCAUGGGUUCUCCCCAGCCAUCCUUCCACCCCUCAGCCAUCAGUAAGGCCUGGGUAUGCAGAAAAAGCCCCCCCUCUCCGCCCCCAAUGAGAGGUGCAAAGAACUGCGGACUGAAAUGCAAAAACAAUCUGCUUCACUGCGAAACACAUGGAUGCGUCUUUACCUGCUGUUUUCAAUCAGUUUUUUCUAUUGUUUUAAAAAAGAAAAGAAAAAUGACAAAAAGAGAUUACCUGAGCCAGAUUUUAGACUGUAUUUAUUUCCACCUGUACAUAAUGUGUAGAGAAAAAACAAACAAACAAAAAAACAACAAAAAAAACAAAACAAGCAGUGAUCUGUGUUAUUUUACCUUCUCUCUUUUUAAGGCUUUUGUUGCUUGGAUUCUUCGAAAUGUCUUAAUCCAAAAAUGUUUGUAUGUUACAGCAUGCAAAUUGUCUGUGGUAUCCUCCUCCUCUUGCUGAACAUGUUGAACCUGCACUAAUGAGCAAACUGGAGAAAUGUUUCUGUUUUUAACCUGGAUGUAAAUUUGAUUUCAAGGAUGGAAAAGGACUGCUGCUAAAACUCUAUGCACCAAUCUGAAGAUUAAAAAGACUUAAUGAUUUAUUUUCUCUCUUUUUUAUUUUUAUGGUAAAUAAUGAAAAAUGUUGCGGGGCCUGCGGGGUUUCCCCUGCAGCCCCGACGUCUUAAAGCGAGCUGAAGGGGAGGAUGCUUGAUUGUUAGAAAAAACGGGACAUUUUUGCGUGGUGGUACACAGCUGAUCAUUACCCUGUCAACAGAAAACGUUCGUGUGUUAUCUGCUGCCUAAGAUAUAUGUGCAAUAUUGUGCAGAAGCGCUCUGGUGUUUGUGGAAAAACGAAACCGAGGAUUCAUGUUCCCGCCAAAUAUCUCGGCCAAUUAAAAAAAAAAAAUAAUAAUUUUUUUUAAGUUGAAUUUGAUGGUGAUUUGAUCUGUCUCAAGACUCAGACUUCUGCACAGUGCUGUGGAUGUAUAUCUGUACAUAUGAUUUCUAUACUUAUCCGACGGACCCGUCCUGACGUGUCAACAAGUGGAAAAAUCUGCAAAGUGGAAAAAAGUUUGUUGAGAAACUCAUGUUUUCAUAAUGUUUAAUAAAAAGUUCUGUCCCAAA